CGAGCCUGGACCGCAUAAAUCUCACUUUGCAUUCCCGGACUUCGGAGCUUGCAACAGCCAUCCUCCUCUUUCUGAGUGACAUGCCAACCGGCCCAAUCCUUAACCAAAGCGCUGUCCUGUGUUAGCCAAUCCUGGGGAAAGGAGAGAUCAAAGCAGGAGAUUAAGAGGGGCAGCGGCAGAAACGGGGUGAGGCUGGUUGUAGCAUCUUGGAAAGCACAAUGGCACGUAAGACCGUGCUAGCACCCUGGCAGCUAUUCAUUCCUCUCCGAUGCAGGCAUUAGUCAACACGACUUCAUUUUAGAAGAGCUAUUAAAGAUAAUAAGAAAAAAAACUUUCCCAUCUUGACAGAAGAGAAAUGAUGAGUUCGUAGCUGAAAGAGAAGAACAUUGUGGUUGAAACCAUCAUUCAAGCAAACAAACCAAAAAGAAAUAAAGCACUCUGGUUCAAGAUGAAUUAUAGAACACCCACUCUAAGCAAUCUGUACCUCAGUGGCAUUACCAGGCCUGAAGCAGACCAUGGGACAACCAUUGAUGAGACUGUAUCAGAAACUGUUGCAAUGACACCUGAACCCAGCAGCUUUAUCAGCACCAAAAUUCCAGAUGUGGUCAGCAAUGGCCCAGUCAUGGAAACCAUGCUGUUAUCCUUUGGCAUCAUUACUGUUAUCGGGUUGGCAGUAGCAGUGGUUUUGUAUAUUCGGAAGAGGAAACGAUUGGAAAAGUUACGACAUCAGCUCAUGCCCAUGUACAAUUUUGAUCCUGCAGAAGAACAAGAUGAGCUGGAGCAAGAACUUCUAGAGCAUGGCAGAGAUGCUGCUUCUGUUCAGGCUGCCCAAAGCAAGGUGGUCCUCGGAUUACAAUGGCAAUUGGGACUGGAAUUUCUAUCUAAGUGAUGUGGUUGUUAAGUAUGACAUCAUAUGACCACAUUGUUUAGCUCUCACAAUCCUGGCAAUCCAAGUUGCCAUCAUAAUCCUAGGACUAUGAAGAUCAUUAAGCAAGGACCUCACAUGACCACAAUGUGGGAAGGAGCAGCAAUCCCAGACAAGCUGGCCAGCAGGUAGGAGUUAACAAAUGGGUGGGUGGAUAGGACAGGUGGAUGCUGCAGGGAUGAGUUAGUGGGUGGGUGCCAUGGGAAGAUGCUACGGAAUGCAGGUAGGUGGAUGGGUGGGUGAGUGCUGUGGGCAGGUGCUACAGAGCAGACCUGUGCAAGUCCUUCUCAUUUAGCAUUGCUAUAACUGAACAGUGGUCAUAACUUGAGAAAUAUCUGUACUUACAUCAUGCUAAAAAUGCAUCUUUAAAAAUAUAUAGUUCUGUCAAUAGGAUUUUUAUUUCUGUUAAUCCAGUAGUGGCAUGUUUAUUGUGCAAUACUUUGCAAUCUUGGGAGAAUCGUAUGAAGAUAAAAUAUUCAUGCAUUUCUCUUCCCCUCUCCAUUUUUUUUGUUUUGUUUUUGUUGUAGGCAAAUCAAGGUGUUCUCCAGAGACCCAGUCGUCUUGUGUUCACAGAUGUUGCGAAUGCCAUCAGUGCAUGAAGAAUGCUUCCCCUACACGAGAUACAGGAAGAGGACACCAGCCAGUUAGCAAGCUACUGUGGGAUAGUGACUAUCAAUUCUCGCUGGGGAAAAAAGGCCAAGAAUCGAGACUGGCAGCGCUCCUAUUGCCAAGAAACUGCCCCAUGCUGCAGAGUUUGAUUGGCAAUGUUGAGGGACCAAGUAAUGUAUGAUAGAAGAUGAGAGGUUAUUUAUAGAUACACUGAUUGGAAUGAAUAUAGUAACAGGCUUUGGAAAUAUAGCAUCAAUUCCUAAGGCCUUCCUUCCUUGAGAUAUUGAUAAAAGUAUCUAGAGUUUGAGACUGCAGAUUCACCUAGUGCAUAUUAUGCAGUAGACCCAAAAUAUGAUCCUGUUGGUUUAACUCCUAGGAAUGUGGAACGUAUGAAGUUGUCAACAUAAAUCGGUGUCAUCCCAUCUCAUGUUCUGGUGCAGUAAAAGCUGUUCUUCAGUAUAAUCGUAACAGUUAGCCAUUGUCUUUCCAUUAGAUUUCUACAAUGUAAAAUGUUCUACUAGCUGGUUCUUUGAGGAGGAAUAACCUGCAAUGAAGGCACUGCUAAUAGUAAUCUCUGUGUCUUAUGGAGGCAGGUAAACUGGGCAUAAGGAUCACCUCCUGUAGCACUAAUUCUUACUACAGGGGAAGAAUCUUAGAAAUAAGAACAAUGAAGCUAACUUGUAAAUCCUGAGAUGAUUUACUUCAAUCAGCUUUGGCUGAAAUGAAAUGAAAAAAAAAAUGAAAUGAAAUCAUAUUUGGAAAAAUAGUGUUAUAUGCAUGUUCUUGCAUAUAUUAAAUAAUCAGAGAUCCCCACAUCUUCAUAUCGAAUGGGCUAAUAAUUCAAUUGAAAUCCAUGGGAAAGUCUCAACACUUUUUAACCUUGGCAAGAAGAACAGUUCUAAAUGGAGGAAAUAACACACUUAUUUUACAAUUUAAGGGGGAAAUGCAUCUGCUUAUUUAGCUUAUUUGUUUAUAGAUAAACUGGGAUGCCACCCCUA